AUGCCACGCCAGAACAAAAUUCGACAACGAGGAAAGAAGCACAAGAAGAGUGACGCAGAUGCAACCCUUGGCAACGGCGGCCACUCGCAGCAUGCCAGUGAUUCGCUAGCCUCCGCCCCGCUGCGGCAUGCCGAUGUGCAUGAGAGUCAGCCCGACGGCAGCGAGCAGCUCCCAGCGUGGAUGGGCAAUGGAGACGCCGGUCCCUCAGAGGUGGAUCCAAGAGCUCCAUUCGGCUACGUGGAAGCGGAUCUCAAAGCUUAUCUGAGGUCAGCAAUCUCUUCCCUGAACGCGCUUCACGCUUCCAACUCGGUCGCCGAGCACCACUCAGGUUACGACCAGUACGCCGAGACAGAGGAUACCUCUUCUCAAGAGGAGCGCAUACAGCUGCGAGAUGCUGCUCUCAAGGAGAUCAACGGAAUCGAGCUGGCGGUGGCGACAGAUCCGGACACUAGUCGCGUACUCGAGCUGCUGAUAGAUACCAUGAGUGAGAAGCAGGUGCGGAUUUUUGCGGACCGAUUGGCAGGCAAGUGAGUACGUGGAGCGUACACAUGGCUACAAAUUGUCGUCACGCUCUGAUCUAUGCCUGUCGUGUACUUAGCUUGGGUGUCUUGGCUGGCCAUCGAUUCGGGUCGCAUGUGCUCCAGUCUACCUUUCGUGCAUUGCAGAGUGCGUGCACGAGCAAGGCUUCGUUGGGUCGCACAGGGAAGUCGAAGCCGGCGACGAGCGCUAACAACUCCCAAGGAGUCUUGAGAAGUGCGGGCACCUUGGUGGCAGAGAUGACUGCGGUGAGUGAGCGAGGCUAGUCAGUGCGACUUACGGCAAUGUCUGACGCAGUUCGAUUCGCGCGGUAUCGUCGAGUAGGAGCUCUUGCCCGCGCUGGCGAGCCUCAUCCAUGACCAAUUUGGUACACAUAUAGUAAGGUCGCUACUACUUGUCCUGUGCGGCAGACCUCUCGACGACUCUUUGCGGUCGAAGCGCAGUGCCGCUUAUCGAUCGAAAGGCGAUGUCGCGGAUCUCCGAUCUGCUUCCGACUCGAAACCCUCAGCGAGCCCGGUCUUUAAAGAGGAGCUGGAGGACGUGAAACGUGCUCUGCUCCAGGGCUUAGGCGCAAACGAGGUCAGAGCACUCUCGAUAUCACCAACUGCUAGCCCAACCCUUCAGCUUCUGCUCGAUCUACACGAGGAUGUCGAUCAGCCAGACGGCCCCGUCGAUCGCAUGUUCGAUGGGCUGCUCUCGAUGGCCGCGACAAGCUCCAUCCCAUCCGAGCGCUCUGCGCAUGUUGAGGCCUUGCUACGAGACGUCGUGGGGUCACACCUGCUCCAGCAUGUUCUAGGGCUGCUAGGUCCUGCGGCCGUUCGCCUGUUCUGGAAGACGUAUGUCGAGGGAAGGAUAGGGAAGCUGGGAGUACAUCCUUUGGCGAAUUUUGUUGUAGCGAGUGCAAUUAAGCGACUACCACUGGACAGCGCCGAAGAUCACUCUGAGUUCGAAAAAAUUUCGGACGAGAUUGCCGCAGCAGGACCAAAACUUGUCGGCGAAGCCAAGCUAGGUAUACUCACUUCUUUUAUUGAGCGAGUUGCCGAGCUUCCUCCUCCUGACUCUUCGGCAUACGCUCAAACACCUGGGUUCACCGCCCUCCAAAAUAACGCUGUUUCAAGUGUCGCCUCCAGCUUUGGGAUCGACGCUGACAAGAAAGAACAUCGGGCGUGGCUGGUGCCUGCUGUGCUGGCCAUCAAACCUAGGAAGUCUGUCAUCAAAGACCGCGAGAGGAUCAGAAAGAGACAAAUGAAAGACCAGACUACCGCCAAAGCUCCCGAACAAGCUGUGGGAACUGGGGAGACAGCGGCUGAGAGCGAAGCUGAAGGGAGCGCAAAGGUGUCGAUGGAAGAGCAGCAGUCCGAAAAGGGCGUCGGAAAGUUGGCUUGGCAGCGAGACGAAGAGCUGCAAGAGUCCGACAUCAAGAUACAAGGUUCUGUGCUACUACAAGCCAUUGCUAGCUUACGCUCACCAGCGAAGAGCAUUCUCUACGAAAGGUUCGUAGCAGUGGCGGGUCGCUCUUAAUACCACAUUCUCACAUUGCUUGACACCUCUUCACGACAGCUUGGUCGCCUUGCCAAGCUCGCUUCCCCUUGCCAAGUCUACAACCGCUAGCUUUCUGUUGACCGCAGUACUCACAAGCGAAUCGGCAUCUUUCAAACAACGCAAGGACCUCAUCGCGUGGAUGCAACCAGAUUUGCACCUGCUCGCCGACGCUGCGCCGCGCGUAGCAUACACGCUCUGGGACAAGAGCGACGGGUUCACAAAGGUGAGCAGGUAGUCUAUGCAAAUCAAGAAUGCAUCCGCGGCCAUGCUCGCCUUCUCACAUCGCCUGCAUGUCCACAUCCGCACAGGAACGCCAUGCGCGCUUUCUGCUAUCCAGGGAAAAGUUUCUGCUUGCUUCUCCCCGCGGUCGAGUCUUUUUGAAGCGCAGCGUCAACUUAGGCCUCUUUCGCCGAAGCGUAGGGGAAUGGAAAAAGUGGCUGGCAGAGCAAGCGCAGCAGUCUGCUGCCUCUGCGCAAGCUGAUGCGGACGAGGCACAAGCAGGCGCGACUGCCAAGAAGCGCAAAGGUACAGACACAAUCGCUGAAGAGGAAGACGGCGCAAUUCAGACGUCUACGCUACCCAGCGAGACAACCAAGAGCGGCAAAGCUGGAAAGCGCUCCAAGAAAGUCAAGAGGGACACGGAGCUGGAAUUGGACGCAAUCCUUGCUGGAGUGCGAUGA